UAGUUCUCGCGUCUCGAAACUCCAAUCACCACCCUCUAUCCGUGUCACGUGGUGAGAGCGGAAACUCGAUCGGAAGGAGUUCAGCGGCAGAUUUGAAGCCAGGAAGUGGUGAUGGCACCGCUGCUGGUGCUUUUAUUCAUUGGUGCGGCUGUUGCUGAAACAGCGGAUUACCAGUGUAUCCUGGAUGCAAACAGGAGAAGGAUAUUCUAUAUUCGUUCAAGACAUUCAAAUUACCUAACUGCUUCAUGGAGCAAAAUUUAUAUAAAAGAUGCCGAAAACACUAGAAGUUGCUAUGAUGACAGUGCAAACCAAGAUGGAUACUUGGAACUUAUGGUGGAAGUGACCUCGAGAAAUCCAUGUGGUAUUUCUGAGAGUGGGCCUAUUGUUGUUUUUGCUGUACAUCAUCCAUACAUCCGUAAGGCAGAAGACACAGUUUUCACCAUAGACUGUGGAUAUCAAGAAUAUGCCACUAAUACAACUCUGGAUGUAGGACUUCAGCCAUGGAACCUAUCAACAGGCCACCCUAUUGAUCUUAAGCCAGAGGUCGUAAUGGACACAAUAGCGGGGACCAAAAACAGAGAAACUUUGCCAGAUGCAAAAGCUCUCCCAAGUAUUUUAGAGCUUGGAACACCUGUGCAUUUACGAGUGAGGAUAGGAAAGAAAGGUUUUGGGGGAUUUACUGGGAUGCGUAUUAAAUCAUGUAUUGUCCAGAUUUCAAGAGUGGAGAUCAGUCCCAGGCUAGCCAUACUCUCAGAUUACUGUGGCACUGACAUACCUGAAAUAUGGCCAAGUGGACAGGGUUUUGUGUCAAAUAGAAAUGGCACGUUUGCCAUGUCACCUGUAUUUAAUGUCUUUGCUCUGAGAGGGGGCGCCACUUCUGUAUAUUUCCUCUGCACUGUCACAUUCUGCUCGGAAGCCUUUGAUCAAUAUUGUGACUUCUCAGUAUACCCAGGUCACUGCAUAGAAAAAAGACAGCGCAGAGAGGCCCCUGAAUCUGAGGAAUAUGAUGGCCCCACAACCUCUGUAAAUUUGACCAUAUAUGUCAUUAAUCCAUCACAAAUUUCCACAGGAGAGUGUGCAUCAGAGGUGACCUCUGGUGUCAAAGGCAGAUACCAAUGGCCAUUGACCCAAGUCAACAGCACCAUAAAAAGUGUGGUGGUUCAUCUACCUUGCCAAUUUCAUAUUGAUGAAAAUGCAAAUGCCACAAGGACAUGUGUCAUAUCUGAGGAAAACACUGUGUUCUGGCAGGAACCAGAGCUGAGUAAUUGUGUUACAAAGUUGACUUUAACCCUACAUGGCCUUCAAACAGAAGGCAUCACCUUAGAAAAUGCAAGAGAAGUUGCUGUCACUCUGUCAGAGGUGACAUCAGGUGAAGGUGAACUAUUUGACAGCAUUGAUGUUGACCUUACUACAGAUGUGCUGGCUCAAGUAGUGACCUUGACCUCAGAUGACCCCAUUGUGGCUAGAGAGGUCGUCCAAACUGUGGGUCAUCUUAUGGAUGUUGACCCCGGGGCCUUAUUGGAGUCUGAGGAAAGAACACUGGGAGUAACAAGAAUUUUAGAAGUAAUUGAAGAGUUUGCAGCAAACAUGAAACUUGAUGGUAAUAAUUUGACCCUGGUGACUCCCAACUUAGCACUGUCAGUGGCUGAUGUUGUUGUUGAUGAUGCAGACUUUGAUGGUAUUGGUCUUGACAGCCUGGAUAAAACAAUAAUGGAAAACGGUGGCUUAGAGGUCAAGAUUUUGAAAAAUGCUGAGGUACCUUUUCAUUCCAAUGUUGAUGUGGCCAUUCGUAUACCCAGAUCACUGUUUGUCAGGGAAAAUGUCUCCAAAAUGGCCACAGCCUCUCAAAGAGUUCACUUUGUUGUGUAUAACAGAGAGACUUUUUUUGAGGUUCUAGCUGCUCACGGUAACAGUUCAGAGCAGAAGGAAGAUUACAGCUCCUCUUCAUCAUCCUAUGUGGCCCUCAAUGGACGCAUUAUCUCAGGAAGUCUGGUGGGGAAAAAAGUCCAGAAUUUGAAGGAGCCAAUUAGAUUGUACUUCCGCCAUCUGAAUGAGCAUCAGGUGAUAAAUAACUCUCAGUGUGUGUACUGGGACUUUGACAGCCGUGGUGGUUUAGGUGGUUGGUCAAACUAUGGAUGUAAAGUGGCCCUGGAUAUUCUGGGUAACAGCACAGAGUGCCAUUGUAACCAUCUCACUAACUUUGCCUUGUUAGUGGAUGUCUACAGCAGUGCUGUGAAGAUUGAUAAGAUUAACAGAGAGAUUUUGAGUAUUAUAACUUAUGUAGGAUGUGCUAUCAGCUCUGUAGCACUGUUACUGACAAUUGUAACACAUGUGGUAUUCAGAAAGCUUCUGAAGGACAUACCAGCCAAGAUUUUGAUAAACCUUUGUGUAGCAUUACUUGGUCUAAACUUAAUGUUUGUGUCAGGCACCCAGGAGCUCAGCAAUGUCAUUGUGUGCAAGCUAGUAGCUGCCUUCCUCCACUACUUCCUACUGUCCACUAUGAGCUGGAUGCUGGUCGAAGCCUUCUACAUGUACCUGGCCCUGGUCAAGGUCUUUGACGUGUACUUCAGGAAAAUGAUACUGAAAUUUGCUGUUUUUGGUUGGGGUUUCCCCCUCUUUGUAGUAGUACUGACAACUGCUAUUAAUGUGGACCACUAUGGUUACUAUACUGGAUAUGAUGCGACAUUUUGCUGGUUGACUCCCGUCCCCAUGUACAUCACAGUUAUAGCACCUAUUGGACUGACGAUUGUUCUCAAUUUCGUCAGCUUCAUUUUGGUCUUUCGUCAAAUCCGCCGUCAUGCCAAGCAAAGGAAAAUUACCAGUGUCAAGACGUCAUCAGUGGCGUCACAGGUCAAGGGCACCUGCAGCAUGGUCGUGCUUUUGGGGCUCACUUGGGGCUUCGCUUUCCUCACCGUCAGUGCCAAGUUUAUGGUGUUCCAUUACCUGUUUGCAAUCUUUAACUCCCUUCAGGGCCUUUUUUUGUUCAUUUUCCACUGCUUCAUGAAGUCAGCUGCACGUGCGGCAUGGUGGCAGUGGCUGCCAAGUUGUUUUGCAGGUGCAAAAAACAAAGGGGCAUCAGGGUCUUCUUCUGCCAGAGCUCUUAGAACCCAUGAGAAGACCAAAAAGACGACAAUGGGAUAUAUUUCAACAGAAAAGAUGUAGCUCCUGUGCUAUACCCUCUACCAGAAAAAAUCUAUCUGUCGCCCUGGUAGAGGGUACCUGUGUAGAAGAGGGACAUCAACAGGCUGCAACUGCUAAUUAGGUUUUCAUUAAGCUACUAGUACAGACUUCGGAGCGAUCGCAUUGCAGAUAAAAUGCAUGGAUAAUCUGACACAAAAUUAAUCUCCAAAAUUGUGUCAGAGCGAUUUUUUCAUAAAAAUGUGAAAUAGAAUAUAUCAAAAUGAUGUUCUAUAUAUAAACACUCCGAUUAAGAACAGGCUACUUUUCUUUUUAUAUGAGGUUUUUGUCAAGCCUUAACAGGGAUAUUUAUACAUGAUGUCAACAGAUUGCUAGACUACGAGGUUUCUUUUUGUACGAGUUUAAAUCUUUAUGUUGAGGACGCUCAUGUAUAUUAUUACAGCAUAUUAUUUUGAUUACGAUGUCAAAAAGAAAUUACAAUAAAGGAAUCUGCAAAUAUU